AUGGCUCUAGUGCCACCUUUUAAUGCGGAAACAGCCCACCAGAAGGUCAAAAAGGCUCAGGACUUGUGGAAUACACGAAAUCCAGAAAAUAUCGCCAAAGCCUAUACAGAGGACUCCAUCUGGCGCAAUAGAGACAAGUUCCUCAAAGGCACUCAGGAAAUCGUCGACUUCCUCACCUGGAAGUGGAGCAAAGAGCACAACUACAAGCUGCGCAAGGAGUUGUUUGCCUUCACCGACAAUAAAAUAGCGGUUCAAUUCUGGUAUGAGAUGCAGGAUGCCCAUGACGGUAUGAAAUGGAAAAGAUGCUAUGGUCUCGAGGACUGGACUUUUGCCGAUGACGGGAGGAUGAGGAAGCGGCAAAUGAGUGGUAACGAGAUAGAGAUUGGCGAAGCGGAGAGGUGGUUCAAAGACGGGGUCGAUGUGAACAGUGUAGAGAUUGGCGAGGAGCAUUGGUAG